AUGGAUGUGGGUGAAAUUCGCAGAAGGGGAUCCAAAGAACUGCCAGGUAAACCUUUACACCUAUACGACACGCCGUAUGAACCAUCGGAAAAUGGAGUAGAUUCGGAUAGUGAAAAGUCAGACCAGAGACCCCGGGAAUCCAGAUUGCCACAAGAUGACGAACGGCCUCCAGAAGAAUAUGACCAGCCUUGGGAAUGGAAGAAAGAUCGAAUUUCAAAAGCAUUUGCAGUGGAGAUUAAAGUAAUCAAAGAUCUUCCCUGGCCUCCACCAGUGGGACAGCUGGACAGCAGCACAGCCGCACUGGAAAGUGAUGUGAGCAUUUCAUUGUCUCAGCAGCCUCCUCCUUCUCCACAAUUACCAUCCCAGAACAGCCUUGAAGACACCAAUGCCCAGUUUGAUGGUGCUGAUAAAACAGGCAUGUCAUCAUCCAGAGAGAACAGACUCAGACACACGCACAGACACUCAGCUGGGAACUUGAAGGCAACCAAGAAUCCAAGUGUAGAACAAACCAACUCAGUGGGAGAAAGGAUAGAUCCUUCCCUGCCAUUAGAAAAUCAAUUCUGGUACCACGGUGCAAUCAGCCGCACAGAUGCAGAGAGUCUCCUGAGGCUUUGUAAAGAAGCAAGUUACCUGGUGCGAAACAGCGAGACCAGCAAGAUUGACUUUUCCUUAUCACUGAAGAGCAGCCAAGGAUUUAUGCACAUGAAGCUCUCGCGUACCAAAGAAAACCAGUAUAUAUUGGGACAGAACAGCCAACCUUUUGACGGUGUUUCAGAAAUAAUCCAUUACUACACCACCCACAAGUUACCAAUAAAGGGAGCUGAACAUAUGUCUUUGUUCUAUCCAGUUGCAAUCCGGACAUUGUAGCACUGAGCUUAUGGCAGCUAAAGGAGCAUGGAUUGUCCUAUUUAUGGUGUACAGAAUGGAACAAAAACACACAAUGGUGGUACUUUACGUGAAAUUUAAAACUGACUAGUGAUGGAUGUUUUUUGUUUUACAGUUCUAGUCUAAGUAUGAUUAAUGAAAGUAAUCCACUUGAAUGGGUACACUGCCUGUUCUUUCAUAUACAAUGAUUUGGGGCUAUAUGCCCCGAAAGUGGCAAUACUAAGAUGUUCAGCUUAAACUAC